AUGCAAGCCCAGAAGAAGGUCGCACAAAUACAUCUCUCCAAAGCCCAGAAGCGCAACUUUCCUGGCAACAUCAGGAAGUACAAGCUCAUGGGCGGCAGACCGGAGUUUCACAAUGUGGAUCGCAACAGGUACGGACGCAUCUUCGAGCCAUGGCACAGCUUUGAAAUUGUCAUAACGUCAUCCAAGAAUAAUUGCUGGGUCGUGGUGAAAAACAAAAGCUGGCGUCAUCGAACUGUCAUUCGGUCCCAUGCCGGCAACGUGGGCUACCGCGGCGCAUUGAAAAAGUCCGAAGCUGCCACGUACGCAAUUGGUCUGAACAUCGCAAAGAAGCUGCGUCGACUUGGUGUCACUUGUGCCGAGGUUCACUUCAGAAAGUUGAUGAAGGUGGAAACCUGCCUCCAAGCAUUCCAGAACGUUGGCUUGCAGAUCACAAAGCUGACGCACAUGCCUCGAACUCCAAUCGGAAAUCCGCACAAACCACGCAAGAAGCGGCGUGUGUGA